UAGAGGUGGGAGUCAGUAGUUAGUGGUGGGAGUCAGUAGUUAGAGGUGGCAGUCAGUUGUUAAAGCUGGGAGUCAGUAGUUAGAGGUGGGAGACAGUAGUUAGAGGCGGCAGUCAGUAGUUAGAGGUGGGAGUCAGUAGUUAGAGGUGGGAGUCAGUUGUUAGUGGUGGGAGUCAGUAGUUAGAGGUGGCAGUCAGUUGUUAAAGCUGGGAGUCAGUAGUUAGAGGUGGGAGACAGUAGUUAGAGGUGGGAGUCAGUAGUUAGAGGUGGCAGUCAGUAGUUAGAGCUGGGAGUCAGUAGUUAGAGGUGGGAGUCAUUAUACGGUGUUGGCAGUCAGUAGUUAGAGGUGGCAGUCAGUAGUUAGAGGUGGGAGUCAGUAGUUAGAGGUGGCAGUCAGUAGUUAGAGGUGGGAGUCAGUAGUUAGAGGUGGCAGUCAGUAGUUAGAGGUGGGAGUCAGUAGUUAGAGGUGGCAGUCAGCAGGCAGAGAGAAGUGCGAUUCCAUCGGCAGAGCUGGGAGUCUGUAGGUUGAGCCAUAAGAGUCGGACACCGCCCCCAGCUCUGGGGGAGUGGAAAACAAGAAAGGGAUUAGGGGAAGGUGCUCGUGGCUCGGGGAUGUGUUAUUAGUCGAUACAGAGAAAUGGAAUAGUGGGAUCACGCUGACUGUACAGCACAGGAUUUAAAUCCCCGGCGCAUCCAGCACCAGCAAUGAUUCCUGUCACACAUUUCCUAAGAGUGAAAUGGAGCAACCAUGAAUGGUGAUAGUAGAGACUCUUCCUCUCAGCUCCCUGACUGGAAGGAAUUUUGUGAGCUUCAUGCACAAGCGACUGCCGUGGACUUUGCACAGAAAUUUUGCAGGUUUCUGAGGGAGAAUCCUCAUUAUAAUGCUCCUGGGGCUGAAACAUCAUUCUCUCAUCAUUUUGCUGCCAAUUUUCUAGACUUCUUCAGUUUUGAGGUCAGCAGGGUAUACGUGUCAGAUUCCCCCACAAAGUACAACAUAGUUCCUUUUGUAGGUCUACAAAACUGCCAGGUGCCUUUAGCAAGAAAUUUUGUACCCCGGAAAGAAGAAACGUCCACAGAGUCUCUAGACAGCAUGGACAAUACUGUCACAAAUCGAUAUCUAAGUCGGACUCAGGCCCGUGUACAUAAAGUCUCAUCUUAUGGCCACUCGCGCAGUUCCGAAGAUGUAUCGGUUCACGACAGCUCAAAAACAAAAUUUAAAAAGGGCUUCUCUUUACGGAACAUGAGCUUGUGUGUAGUGGAUGGCGUGAAGGAAAUGUGGCACAGAAAGUCCUCUCCUGAGCCAGGUUUGGACAAUGGGACAAUAAGACGCUCUGAUCGUGAGCAUUGCACUUCAGGUAGCAAGGAACACGUUGAGCCCCGUGAAAAAUGGACCCAAAAACUGCGACUUUCAAAAACGCAAGCAUCAAAAAUAGAUGUCGUUGACAUUCAGAGAGAAGGAACUCUCAGGUACAUGGUGGCCGAUGACUCUAAUUGUGUUGCCAACUCUCAGUGGCAGAAAUGCCGCUUACUUUUAAGGAAAGCGGUGAAAAUGGAGGGAGAAAGAUUCCUGCUUGAAUUUUAUGUGCCUCCAAAGUCUUCAAAACCUAAAGUAAGCAUUCCACUCUCUGCUAUUUUGGAGGUGCGGACAACCAUGCCCCUAGAGAUGCCAGAUAGAGACAAUACGUUUGUGCUAAAGGUAGAAAACAGCGCAGAGUAUAUCUUGGAAACGAUUGACUCCCUUCAGAAGCACUCAUGGGUGGCUGAUAUACAGGACUGUAUUGACCCCGGAGAUAGUGGGGAUGACAUAGAACUUUCAUCUUGCGAACAGGGAACCUGCUUAGCCGGCCAAGCCUCGUCAUGUAGCUGCGAGUUUCUGGCUGAGGGAUCUUACCGACCUCUGGACACAUGUGCUACAGAUUUUCCUGCCGCCUCUGCAGUUCCACCUCAUCCAGCUUGUGCACCACCCCAGGCCAGAAACAGAGACCAGUCCUCUGCAGAACAUCUUGUACAUGUCCCUUUAGAAAAUUUUCUACAAACAUUGGAAUCCUCUGCUUCUAGUCACUUACCAGGUGAGGAAGGUGAGGAGGAAAUUGAGAUAAAUCUGUCUGACUUCCCUUGGUUUCAUGGCACACUGUCACGGAUCAGAGCUGCUCAGCUGGUACUUUCUGGUGGAGCUCGGAGUCAUGGACUCUUUGUUAUUCGUCAAAGUGAGACCCGUCCUGGGGAAUAUGUUCUGACCUUCAAUUUCCAAGGGAAAGCUAAGCACCUGCGGUUGUCUUUAAAUGAAACGGGCCAGUGUCAUGUGCAGCAUCUCUGGUUUCAGACCAUUUUUGACAUGCUCAAGCACUUUCAUUCACAUCCCAUCCCACUGGAAUCUGGAGGUUCUGCUGACAUUACCCUGCGCAGCUUUGUUGUGGCCCAGCGCCAGUUAUCUGCAGAUCCUGCACCUUCUCAAAGCGUGAGUGUCCAGCAACAAAACAGUAGGACUGAAACUCAGUCUCAACACUACUUUGCAGGUUCUGGAGCAAGUAACAUGCAGCCAGUGUCUCCCCCCGAGAGCUCAGCCUCAGCUUCAGCCCCACACCCGGCGUACCACCGAGUAGAAGGCACUCUCGGCACCCGAAGCCGUCGCAACAGUGCAGAACUUUUGCUAGAAUCACCCAAUGGGAGCACAGAAGAUUAUCAUGAAAGUGAUGGGUCUCGAAGUAGAACUAGGGCUGUUGAGAACCAGUAUUCUUUUUACUGAAUCAUUUGGAAACCAGAGCACUACUACAUAGUCCUUCUUUCACACUGGAUGGCCUGUAUUUACUAAGCGGUGCUAGUCUUUAAGCAACCUUCCAAAAUCAGAGGACAUUGGCUGGUGCAUGUCUUAUUGAGUAGCACACCUUAGAAACGACCUAAUGUCCAUUGCCUGUUAUUAUUUGUUUGCCUCUUGUACCUAAUAGGUAAGUGCAGCCUCUGCAGACCUCGGGAGUACUGGUGCAUCUGAAUUCAUAUCACAUGUAAGAAGAGUCAUGGUUUGUUUGCCGUCAUACAACCCAUACAAAUUAUUUACUGAUACUACUAGUAGGAAUAUUCCUUAAUCCCACUGCAACCCAUUUCCAUUAACAAUCUAAGGGCAUUGGUACAACUGAGCGAUUUCCAAUAACACCCUGAAUUGCUCCCCAAACAUUUCAGGAGCAAUCACAGGUUAACUUACAUAUAGGUGGUCACCAAUUCUGAUUUUAGUUGCUAUGGGAUCCAGAGCCCAUUCCAGUGCAAUAGUUCCCCCAGCCUCAGCCUUCCCAGACCUUCCAUUGCUGCUCAGGAUUAGGGUAGGACUACAUGGACGUUUUCGGCGAGAUCUGACACGUUGCGACAAAACGCCAGCGACAAAUCGCAGGCGACGGAAAUUAGGUAAGAGAUAGAAAUUUCAGAUGAAAUCGCAUCGUUGAUCCAAUGCAACACGACUCGGAUGCAGACGCAGCGUGCAACGUCGGAUCAACGCUGCGACUUCAUCCGACAAUCCAUUCACUUACCUUAUUUCCAAUUCAUGUGAUUUGUUACCGGCAUCCAUGUAGUCCUACCCUAUGGGUGAAGACAUACAGAGCUACUAGUAGCAGCUACUUGUGGCUACAAAAUGACAAAAAAUACCUUGCCAUUGACAAUACUAAGAACUGCCUCUGAUAAAUCAACCCCCUACGUGCGUUUUAGCAAAGGUCAAGUGUUAAGAGUUUUUUUUACCUCAAAUGAACUCGAAACUCAACUGGUAUCUUAAGAAAAAACUAGAAUGUGAAAACCCCGAUUCUGUGAGUUUGAGACCCGCAACCUGAAAACUAAAAUAGAUCAAUUUUACAGCGAAACAAAAACUUGAAUCGUUUGAAUCAUUUCAGUUUUCAGGCAAAAAAACCUUAGUUUUGGACUAGUUUUGCCAGUUUAAGCACAACAUUAUCAAUUUAUAGAGAGUAAUGAAAUAAAUGUUGCAUAUUUACACCAGGCCUAGUUACAAUACCCAUAGCACUUUCUGCUCACCUUUACAACAGCUAUUGGUUAGUAAACCCAUUGCAAACUUUACAACUUUAUUACAUUAAGCCAAAACUGCCUUAAAAUUUGCUUCUGUUCUUUAUAAGAAGCUCAGCAUUGUUUCCCUCAUAUGAAGUAGGCAAAGAGGCAGGGUUGACUUGGGGGGGCUGCUGUCCAGGGCCCCCCUCCGAACCCAUCUGCCCCCCCCUGCCAAGCCGUCGCGUGCACUUGUGCACAGGUGCGCACUGCGUUUCUGGGCAGAAAGGAGCAUCACUGCGUGCAUGCGCUGUCGUGUGCUAAGUUUUCCGGCCGGCCGCAACAGGAAGGAGCCUGGAAAUUGCACAUCUGGGUGUGGAUCUGGCCCGGCAGGGUCCAGUCCGACCCUGCGAAAAGGCGUAUGUGCAAUGGAUGUACUGGUGCUACUCAUGUUAUACUCAGGCAGCACUAACCCUUGUGCAAAUCUGCUUUUAGACAGUUAGGGGCAUAUUCAUGAAGGGUCGAAUUUCGAAUUGAAAAUACUUCAAAAUUCAAAUUCAAAAAGACCAACCUAAAUUAAGUGUAAAGAUUUUUUUGGUCAAAUAGGUCCUUUUACGAUCUAAUAGGUCCGAAUUCGGCCGAAAAAAACCUUCAAUUUUUCAAAGUCCGCCAAUUGACUCCAAAUAGGUUCUAGGAGGUCCCCCAUAGGCUAAAACAGCAAUUUGACAGGUUUUAGAUGGCGAAUGGUCAAAGUCAAAU